AUGUCUGGCAGGGUCGUCUGCAUCAAAUACAAGCCAUGAGUGAGGUUAAAGUCACUUUCGCAGACAACACAGUGUGAGUCUAGUUCGUCCAUUUUCGCGAUUUAGAGCAUCAUUAAUUGGAGUUUUGUGGCCAAAAAUAAUGUUUGUUAGACCAUUGAAAGAAAUACCAUGCCAUUCCCAUGUGACACUUCGUGUGUCCCAUUACAUGGGUAGAAUCGCUGGCAGACGACACCAGCACCAGAGUAGUAGUUCGUACGUGCCCAAACAUUUGCCUGCCAAAGAAGAAGAUAUUGAAAAACUGGACCGUCUGAUGGCAGUGUCUAAGAAUCUAGUGGUUUUGACUGGAGCUGGAAUUUCGACCGAAAGUGGCAUACCAGACUACCGCUCUGAAGGAGUGGGCCUGUACGCAAGAAGUACCAAUAGACCUGUACAGUACCGAGAUUUUCUGAAAUCUGAGAGUGCCCGUAAACGAUAUUGGGCCAGAAACUAUGUGGGCUGGCCAAGGUUUUCUUCUUUCGAACCUAAUGCCACACAUUUGAGCAUCAGCAAGCUGGUGAAUGAGGAGGGUGUAGUCCGAAGUGUUGUUACUCAGAAUGUUGACAGCUUGCAUAUUAAGGCAAAGACGAAAAAUGUUAUUGAGCUGCAUGGUUCUGCUUUUCGUGUUGUAUGCCUAGGCUGCACUUUCACCAUUGAAAGGCACGCUUUCCAGAAUCUAUUGACCCAAUUAAACCCAGAAAUGCAAAUUGUUCAGCAGACAAUGCGACCUGAUGGAGACGUGGAAAUGAAUCAGGAGCAAGUGGAAGGCUUCAAUGUCCCUUCCUGCCCUUCUUGCAAGGGCUUACUAAAGCCUGACAUUGUAUUUUUUGGUGACAAUGUACCUAAAGACCGCGUUGAAGCUGUACGUAAUGAGGUGAAACUAUGUGAUGGGCUUUUGGUCCUUGGAACAUCAUUGACAGUUUUUUCAGCAUAUAGAAUUGUCUUACAAGCUGCUGAACUUCAUAAAUCUAUAGCUAUUGUGAAUAUAGGGGAAACUCGAGGGGACAAACUGGCCUCAAUUAAGAUAAGUGCUAAGUGUGGUGAUGUGAUUCCUCAACUGUGUAGAUAAUAUUUAGUUCAAUAAAAUGUUCUAUUUAUUUUGGUA